CGGCAGCCCCCGCAGAUGCCGGGCCGAGGCAACGACGCGCCUGCGCAGUUGGGAGGCUCCGUCGGAGUUAUUCCCGCCAACUUCUCGGGGUGUGUCUACCUGGGCCGAGUUCCGCGCUGUGAGGAGAUGUUCGACCCUGCCGAGCUGCCCGAGCUGCUUAAGCUCUAUUACCGGAGGCUCUUGACAAAGAAUUACUUUCAACACCGCGAAUUUUCAUUCACUCUAAAAGAUGAUGUUUACAUUCGCUACCAAUCGUUCAACAACCAAAGCGAGCUGGAAAAGGAGAUACAGAAGAUGAAUCCGUACAAGAUUGAUAUAGGCGCAGUAUAUUCCCACAGACCCAAUCAACACAAUACAGUGAAGCUGGGCGCUUUCCAGGCUCAGGAAAAAGAACUGGUAUUUGACAUUGACAUGACAGACUAUGACGAUGUGAGGAGAUGUUGUAGUUCUGCAGACAUAUGCUCUAAGUGCUGGACCCUCAUGACAAUGGCCAUACGCAUCAUUGACCGAGCAUUGAAGGAGGACUUUGGAUUUAAACAUUGUCUCUGGGUAUAUUCUGGAAGGAGAGGUGUUCAUUGUUGGGUCUGUGAUGAAUCGGUUAGAAAAUUGUCCUCUGCGGUACGUUCUGGGAUAGUUGAAUAUUUGAGUCUUGUAAAGGGUGGUCAAGAUGUUAAAAAGAAAGUUCACCUAAGUGAAAAAAUUCACCCUUUUGUCAGAAAAUCUAUAAACAUAAUUAAAAAAUACUUUGAAGAAUAUGCUUUGAUUGGUCAAGAUAUUCUUGAAAAUAAAGAAAGCUGGGAUAAGAUCUUAGCUCUUGUUCCUGAAACUAAUCAUGAUGAACUUCAACAAAACUUCCAAAAGUCUCACAAUUCACUUCAGCGCUGGGAACAUUUGAAGAAAGUAGCCAGCAAAUAUCAGAAUAACAUCAAAAAUGACAAAUGUGGACCUUGGCUGGAGUGGGAGAUUAUGCUUCAGUACUGUUUUCCUCGACUGGAUAUCAAUGUUAGCAAAGGAAUCAAUCAUUUACUGAAGAGCCCUUUUAGUGUUCACCCUAAAACAGGUCGUAUUUCUGUGCCUAUCGAUUUACAGAAAGUGGAUCAGUUUGAUCCAUUUAGUGUUCCAACCAUAAGCUCCAUCUGCCAUGAACUGGAUGCUAUUUCCACUAAUGAAGAGGAAAAAGAAGAGAAUGAUGGUGAAUCUGACAUUAAACAUAGAACCAGAGAUUACAAGAAGACCAGCCUAGCACCUUAUGUGAAAGUUUUUGAACAUUUUCUUGAAAACCUGGAUAAAUCACGUAAAGGAGAACUUCUCAAGAAGAGUGAUUUACAGAAAGAUUUCUGAAGAUAACAAACCCUCAAACCAAUGUGGAUAUCUUCUGCCUUCAACCAAGAAUUAAUCAUUCCAAGCACUACUUAAUAAUUUGCUUCUUAAUGCUCAAAGUAAAAUGUCCUUUUUUAAAGAAACAAUUUAUGUGGAAAAGAUUUACUGAGAUCACCAAAGGAGAGUGUUCCUGGAAGGAGCAAUAAGGGCAGGAAUAAAUGGACUGCAGAUAAUUUUGUCAAGUUUUAUAUUAUACAAAAAUAGUUCUUAACUUGUGACAUAAAAACUCACUUCUACCAAUUGCAAUGUACAAAGGUAAGUGAGCAGUAAAAUGCCCAGAACUUUUACCUCAGCUCACUGAGUAUUGCCUCCAAAUUUCUGGAUGAAUGAGAACUUUGUCCUUAAGUUAAUUAUAUUUGAGUGUAUAUUCAGUAACUUCCUAAUUUUGCUUAUUGACAUUUUGUCAGGCCACACCCCUCUGCCCAUCUUUGUAAAGUCAUUUUAACCUGGUCAUCUAAACCUACCAAAAUUUCAAUAGAUUUAGAGAUAUGAGUUACUAUUGAGUCAUUGGGAAAGUCAUGAUUUCGUUGGAAAAGUCAUUUUUCGCAUAGAAAAAUACAUCAUGACUUUCCCAGCAACCUAAUUGAUUCAUGCUAUUAAGGCUUAAAUGAGUCUAUUUUACAACUAUUGCAAUCAUAGCUUCUAACUUUUUCCCUCAGAGAGCAAUUAGUCUACCAUAAUGAAAGAAUCUAGAAAAAGUAACAAGUAUAGGGACCAGUAGGUGGCAUAAUGGUUACAUCGCUGGAUUCCCACAUAGUCCACCGCAGUUCGAGUACCG